AGACAAUCAAAAUGCAUCUCAUUCAACAUAGCCUGCCUCUGCAUCUGUUAUUGAUUGUGAGAAGCCAUAAAUUAAUUAGACUCUGGGCAAUCAUUCUGCUUUAGUUUUUAUUAACCCUUGGUCAAGCACACUGCAUGUGGGUGAAUGUUCUGUCCUUUAUUCUCCACGACUAAAAAUCUUGCUACUUAACUUGAUUCUCAUUUUCACUUUCAUGUUUAAGUGCCACCAUUAGACCAGCUAUAAAUUUGGUGUAUGAAAUAUUGAAAAAUGAACAAUUAAACCACAUGGGAUCAUGUGUACUUCCAUUAGGGACCCAAAUCAACGCACUCUUGUUCACUGGAAAGUCUAAACCAUAAACUCAAUAAUCAUAGCAUAAGUAUCUCUCCAUCUGUACACAAACACAGGGACCCCACUGAAUGUCAUUUAGUGGCCCAAUAGCAAUCACCAAAAACCAAUGUUUGAUAUGUGAAACAUUACAGCCAGUUUUGAUUCAAGAAGCCAAACAUGCAAACAUUACUCCUCACGAUCAAUGUGAUUAGCUGGAGAACACAAUUAUGAUUGAUUGAAUGUCCAAAGUCUUUACUUUAGAACUUCAAUCACAUGGCCAGUAACCAGCAAAAUCCUUCAUCAACGGCUUUCUGAAUUAUAUAUAUAUGUGUCAAUGUGUGUGUAUAUCUACAAAACCUCACUCCUAAGAAAGAACAAUAUUCCUCGUAGCAAUGGCUAAAUUCCUCAUAUUUGUCUCAUUGGUUACUGUCUUCUUCCUCUUCAGUGAAGCCAAUGCUACUGCUCCUCGAAGAGCUUUAAGCUCCGCAGACACCAUUGCCGCCUUCCUCGUCCCGCAGAACACUGUGAGAGCAAAGCUAGGAUUGCCUCCAUUGCAAUGGAGCAACAAUUUGGUAAAAUUCGCAAAGUCAUAUGCAAACCAGAGAAGAGGUGACUGUGCCUUAAUACACUCUACAAGUAACUAUGGCGAGAACCUCUUCUGGGGCAAAGGAAACCAAUGGACAAUAUCAGACGCCAUCGCCGCCUGGGCCGCCGAGCAGGCAUACUAUACCUAUAGUACUAACACAUGCUCCCCCGGCGCUGAUUGCACACAUUACACACAGAUGGUGUGGCGGACGACGCAGAGGGUCGGCUGCGUUAAGAUCAUAUGCAACAGCGGCGAUACCUUCAUUAUCUGCAACUACGAUCCUCAUGGCAAUGUUAUCGGCAGCAGGCCUUACUGAAAAUUCAUGCAUGUACUGCUACAUACUAUGUAUUUUGGUCAUAAUUUUUGUUUUUUCUGAUAAUGAUGAAAUUAAGUGAUGUCACUUUCUUCAUCUCCAAUGUCUGAAAGUUUGAAUUCAAAACCAUCUCUCAGUCUACCGCAGCCAUGGCAUACUUGGAAUGAAACACUUUCCUGGAACUUUCCACUUGUCCUGUAAUUCAUCUCACCUUGGAAAUGGCUUUUGGAGAAGUCAGAACACAAUCUUACC